AUGGAGUUUGAUAAGGUAUCUGGCGAAGAAGAUAAGUUAGUCGAUCUAGAGUAUUUCAGUUUUCAAAGCGAGUUUACCAAUAGUUUCUUUCAGUUCGAAGAUAAAAUUCUUUCCUCUGGCAAGUAUGAUUCUCAUCUUACAUGUGCGGCAAGCUUUCUGGCCUUUCCUGAUCUUGAACCAAUCUCCAUCAACUCUCCUGAAGAUCCACUUGAAGAGUACGGUUCUGUUUCGUGGUCUGCGAAAGAGUCCAUGUCAAAUGAAGAUAACAGAGAAGAUUGUUUGGUGAAAGAAACGGAAACUCAAACUACCGAGAAGAUUAGAGACAGAGAAGACUUUGCUUCUGAUUGCUCUGUUUCAAAGCCAUUGUCAAAGGAAACCAUUUCAUUGUACUAUCACAUGUCGAUAACCCAAGCGGCUAAGGAGCUUAACAUUGGUGUAACUCUUUUGAAAAAGAAAUGUCGCGACUUGGGUAUUCAUCGUUGGCCUUAUCAUAAGUGGAUGAGCCUACAAAAUGUCAUCAAUAAUGUCGAGGAGAAGUUGGAGAAAGGGGAAGGGAACGCAGAUGAGCUAAGAAACGAUUUGGAAAAGCCCAAGAAGGAGCAGAAAAUAAUUGUGGAGUUUCCAGAUUUGGAGAAUAUUAAAGAAUAA